CUUUAGUGUUUUUCAUAACGUUGAUCCUUUUCCAUCAAUACAAAAUUGAUUGGCAAAAAAAAAUUGGUAUAAAAAUGAGUUGGAAAUUUCAUUCAAUUAUUCUGGUUUUAUUGAUAAGCCAUUGUGGUGCUGAUUACGGACAAUGGGGCGCCAAUGUGGCAGAUAAACUUAAGGGAAAUGGAUUUAAACAGGAUCCAGUUCAUUUUGGGUGCAUCUACAAUGAUCGAAUGACCGAAUUUGAUGUGGUGAAGUGUAACGACAAAAAGGGAAUGUUAUCACUAAGUGAAAAGCUGAACAACGGAAGAGAUUUAUCAUUGUUCUUCUUAGGCACCGGUAACACCAUUUCUAGAAAAGAUGACCGAUUCAUCGGCUCCUUAGAAUGGUUCAUCCACUCAGGUACAAACAUAUGCUAUAUUGCAUAUGCCUUUGAAAAUUAUGAAGCAUCAAUGUUCAAUUUGAUUUUUUACAUCAAACGAAUAUUGGAAACAAAUCGAGUUGAAUAUGUUGCACGGGAGGCACUUAAUUUGGUGUUGAAUGUUCGAAAGAAAUGUUCGGAAACAAAAUCAAAACAGUGUUUUAAGAAUAUGUCACAGUUAACGGUGUUGGGUUUCUCAUUGGGCGCGCAUAUCGGCGCAUAUGCAUGCCGGUAUUUUUUCGAAGCAACCAACGAAAAAGCUAGAAGAUUGAUAGGUCUAGACCCGGCUGCUAUCAGCUUUUUUGUCGACCCGGACAAGAGCUAUAUUCAAAGUGGCGAUGCUGAUUACGUUCAAAUUAUUCAUACAAGUUAUCUGGGCACACAAAAUAAAAAAGGUGAUCAUGACAUUUACAUCAAUUCUGAUAAUUGGGGAUCACAUAAUAACCACAGACUGGCUGUUGACAUAAAUAUGCUUAUAGCAGCAAGAAAACUGGUUAUUGUUGCAUCAAAAACUGGAAAUAGUAAAAUCAUCAAUUUACAGAAGAAUAUGAGUCCCGAUCGUGUAAUACUUGGUCCAAAUGAUUGUUUGGUCGGCGUAUACAGUGAAGCUCGACACAUAGACGAUUUGCCCAUAUGUGAAGAAGAUCGACCAACGUAUGAAAUUGAUUUUCCAAACAAGUCGAUGAAAUUUUAUUGAUUGCCGAACACAUUUCCCUCGAGCUUUCUUAUUUCUUACAUCGUUGAACGUAUUUUUUUCAAUUUUAACUAAAAUUCGCCAUUACACCUUCGAAGUUUUAAUAACUGCAAAUAAAUUUAAAUUCAUUCA